GGUGCCAUGUCGCGGCUCUGCUGCUAUUGGCUCUGCCCUUACUCGGAUGGCCGGGGCGAGAGCGGAUCCCCGAGCUCCGGGGGCUCGGUCGACGACGAGGGUGGCGGCAGCCUGAGCAUCACCUCGGCGAUCUCCGCCUUACUGUCCUUCAUCGUUGUGGCGAUCGCGGUAUCGACCGGCCAGUGGCUGCUUACCGAGGAGAAGCUUCCGAGGCUCGUCCAGCAUCUGGCCAACGCCAGUACCGAGCCGGACAUCAAGCUCACCUAUAGCGGACUUUGGAGGGUUUGCGUGGCUGUUGGCUCGAACGCGGAAUACGAAUGCUCGACUAUCGAUUACUUCCCGCAGGAGGAGUACAGCCCAGAUCCGAGUGACUCGACCAUGGCAAUACCGUAUGCGGUGACGAAGUCCGCCGUCUUCUUCCUGGCAGCUACGGCGCUCCUCGUAAUCGCCGAAGUCUGUUACUUGGCAGGUCAUCUGGCACGGCCCAAGCCCAGCCUCUGCGUCUUCAUAGCCGGCGUCAUUUUAAUCAUUUCUGGUCUUUUGAUGCUCGUGGGCAUGAUUAUGUAUAUAUCUAUAUUCAAAGCUGAGGUAGGCAGUAAACUCCGACCUCGCUCAUCGUUUCAAGGCCCACCGUUCGUCUAUCGCUACGGCUACUCAUUUUUACUAUAUGUCAGCGGCUUUAUUACCACGGAGUUUGCCGGCACCACUGCCAUUUUUCUCCACAUCUCUUGGCAGCAACUCGAGCUCAUCCGCGAGUGCUCCAAGCGCAAAUAUCAAAGCAGGAACGCCUGCCACCUGGACAAUCAUCACGUGCACGCAACGACGAACAACGUAUACGGGAGCUUUCACCUGUGCGAGCGCCACCAAAAGAAGUACUUUUGCGAGCGCGAGACAAUCGAUCCCCAUCACCAUCAUCGCCGUCACCAUCAUCAUCACCACCACCACCACCACCUCGAGUACGAGGAAUAUUUACCGACGCCGCCCGACUGCAAUCACUAUCACCCGGGCAUGACGCACGAUUUGACUACCGAAACGGUGAGCACGAUAGCGGAUGUGCUGCACGAUGAGUAUGCAUUAGGAAUGCAACACGAAUUCGUGACUUUUGAUCUGAGUGAGAAUCUGCCGCCACUACCAGAAACUGUGAGAAAUAGCGGAUGGAAAUCAAAUUCGUUCAAGAAGACAACACCAGUCUGAUAUACCGUCAGGUAUGCUAGAUUAGUGCAAAUUGUCCAAAGCAGCGAUGUCGACUCCGAAUGCGAGAGCGAAGCCAGAAAAGAAACGGCGAAUACUGACAAAGAGGAUUUCCCCGAAGCGAAUCUAAUUAACAUGGGGGAUGCGGAUGAAAAAAGUUUGUUGUUGGACAAUCAGUGAAAUGUUCUCAAAAUAUUUACACAUAAUGAUAAGCGAUCGAAGAUGGUAGGUUUUGGAAAAGAGAAAAGGAAAUUAUUAAUAGUCGAUACUUCAAAUAAAAUACGUGUCUUACACGAUAAAACUGGAUCUGUGCCUCUUCAGACGUAAGAUGUUUGGCGUUAAGAACGCAGCUCGAUAUCUCUAUGUACCAUUUGUCUUUGAAAAUUGUUUUACUUUCAGUAGAAGUAGAUUAGAUAGUGAUGCGCAAGACUUCAAAUACAUACCAAUAUACGUGCUAUGUAAAAUAUUAUCAAAUUCUC